AUGACAUUUACGGGAGGGAGAGGGGAGACGGUGAUAGACUACGUGAUAGGGGAUAGGGGAGCUUGGGAAAGAAUAGAGAGACUAGAGGUGGGGGGAGAGAUGGACUCGGACCAUCAAUCGAUAACAGUAUGGCUGGGAGGAAAGGGAGGGAAGAGAAAGAAGAAUAAGGGGAAAAUAUGGAUAGAGAAGGUAAGCUGGACGAAAGAGGCAAGAGAAGAAUUCAGGAAAGUAACGGAAGAGAUAGAGAUAGGAGAAGAGGGGGUAAAUGGGGCGUGGGAGGAGUUGAUCGGGAAGAUUAAAAAGAUGGUCAGGGUGGAGAGGAAGAGAAAGAGGAAAGGAGGAAGUGGAGGAUGGUGGGGCAAGGAAGGAAAAAGAAGAAAGAAGGAGGUAGAGACGAUGCUGAAAGAGUGGAAAAGAGGAAGAGAGGUAGGGAAGAUUAUAAGGAAAAAAAAAGAGUAUAAGGUAUGGUGUGAGGAAAGGAAGAGAGAAGAGAAUGAGAAGUGGAUGAAACGGGCGAAGGAGGCGAAGACGCAAAAGCAGGUAUGGGAAAUAAUCAAUAAAGAGAGGAAGAGAGGAAUAGAGGUAAACGAAGAGAUAGAGAUGAAGGAGUGGGAUAAUUAUUUUAGGGGAUUGUUAGGAGGUAGAGAGAUAGGAGUAGACGGAGGGCCAGGGAGGGUAAGGAGGGGAGGAGGGGCGGAAGAGGGGGAAAGGGAGGGGGAAGAUGAAUUAGAAAUGGAAGAGAUUGAGAGGGCGAUGGGAAAACUGAAGAAGAGAAAAGCGGCGGGAGAGGAUGGGAUACAGAAUGAG